GCGAGAAAUUAAUAAGUUUGGUCCAUGGAAGAAGGACCUUAUGGAAUCAUAGUAGUAAAUCUUCAUACUGUUCUGAUAGUUGGUGAAACAAUCAGGACUUGUUUCCAAACAAAAAAAUGAAGGGACAUCCAUUUUAUUAAUUAUAAUAUGCAUUCAUUGCAUUGAAAUGAACAAUAAUUGUCAAUUAUUAUCGGCCGACGUCUGAAACACUGACCGCAGCCUAAGUUUUAUGUUAAAUAAAUGCGAUACAUGCCCUCAAGGAAGUUUUUAAAUACAAAUACUGGACAAAAUGUAUUUAAUAGUCAAAAUGGUGGUCAUACUGCAGUUUUUAUUGAUGACCGACCAAUAGAUAAUGUUGAAGGACGAAUGACUGUGUCCGGAUCAUUAAGGCAAAAUCUUGGUGAUCCUGGUUUUAAUACAUUGGAUGAACCUAUUAAGACAACAAUUAUGAGAGAUUUAAAAGCAGUAGGAAUGAAAUUCAAACAUGUAUUAUAUUUAAAAGAAAAAAACACACUUCUUAAAGAAUGGGACUUAUGGGGUCCUUUGAUGCUUUGUACAUUCAUGGCCAUGGUACUGCAAGCAUCACCAGAUUCAAUGCAGAUAGGCGAUGGAGGGCCUGAGUUUGCUGAAGUUUUUGUUAUUAUUUGGAUAGGUUCUGUGAUUAUUACAUUAAAUUCAAAAUUACUCGGGGGAACAAUAUCGUUCUUCCAGAGUGUAUGUGUAUUAGGUUAUUGUCUUCUACCAAUUGUUAUUGCUUUGAUAGUAUGCAGAUUUAUUUUAAUAUUUGAGCAAACAAACUUCCUAUUUUUCAUUCGUUUUGCUAUAUCAAUUGGUUCAUUUUUAUGGGCUACUUAUGCUUCUGUUGUGUUUCUUGGCGAUAGUCAACCUCAAGGGAAAAAAGCCUUAGCUGUUUAUCCAAUAUUUUUAUUCUAUUUUAUCAUGUCAUGGCUUGUACUGUCUCAUACAGUAUAAAAUAGUUUAAAAAAAUUGCAUUUUAAUUGGUUACUUGAGUUUUGUUUUUUAUAAUAAUUUUUGUUACUUUUUAUGUUAAAUGUUUUUUAAUUAUUUGGCUUGAGGCAAAACGUUAUCAUGUUAAUAAAAGUAUAGUACCAAUAAAAUAAUUAUUUUUCCAAAAUUCCAUGUUGAUUUAUAAUUU